CCCUGUCUGUCCGUCUGCAGCAUGAUCCCGCUCUGGACAGACAUGCGUUGUAUGAACCCCAAGCUGCUGUCCUGAUUUCAAAAAAAAAACAAGCAUCGGCCCCACAGCACAUGGGAGUCGGCGGAAAUCACACCAGACACUCUAGAUAUAAGGAUCAGGCCAUGUGUGACAGGGAUAGAGCCCCCUCCAGCACUCUGUCCUUGAGUCACAGGGUCCAGCAGAUUGCAGGCCUGUAUGCGGAUCUGCCACCAGGCGUCAGCCUCAGACCACUGUCUGUCCGUCUGCAGCACGACCCCGCCCUGGGCAGACUCGCAUUGCAGGUGCCCCCGCCGACUGUGUAUAUGCCCAGAAGACAACAGACAUUUUCCCCACAACAGGCUAGACUAUGCGCAAAAGACCCAGCUCACUCUGAACAUGCUCAGACAGUGCACAAAAAGAAGACGGGACUCUUCAGAGAUCUGUCUUUGCGACACAAGUUCAAGAAAGCUGCAGGUGUGCAUAGACGUCUGCCAUCAGGCAUCACCUUCAGUUCCCCGUCUGUUCGUCUGCAGCAUGAUCCCACCUUAGACAGACGCGUGUCCCAGCUGCGCUCGACCAUCAGCACAACACAGUUGCCGUCACAAGAGGUGUGUCCAGAUUUAUUAUCCCUUCCCGCAGAUGAACAGCAGCAAACUCCCAAGAGCAAGAGAGGCCCCCCAGACUUCACAGCUUCGCAUCACACAGCAAAGGAGAACCAUUCGGGGGACUCUGCAGCAUUGCCCCCAGCUUUCAUCGACACGGUAGCCCCAGCCCUGGUCAGAGACAUGCAGGACUCCCGGCCAGCGGCCCAGCCUCUCCCCUGGGAACGUGCUCCCGCCACAGAGAGUGCCGAGGACCCUGGAGAAGGCACCUCGUCCGGCACCUCAUCUGUGCCAGUUUGGCAAGGUGCCUCCAAAGCAUCCUCCAGCACUGCUCACCCAAGGGUGCCCUCUCUGGCAAGCAGAAGAGGGAAACAGCAAGCCCCCUCAUCUCAAGCAGCUCCCCAAGAACCGUGUUCUUCCUCUCACUCCCAGACCACCCACACCAGCGCCGCUGCUAAAGGGGAUGGUGGCCAGGAGGCAGGAGAGCCCACCGGCGUGGCUUUCCCACGGAACCCUCCCACCAUCCAGAGAGGCUCGCUGGUCUGGAUGAAGUUCCAGCACCACCCGUACUGGCCCGCCGUGGUGAAAAGCAUGUGCAAAACUGAGAAAACGGCGAGAGUGCUUUUGAUCGAGGCAUGCAUGCCCACGGAAAGGAGGGGCAUUCAAGUUCCUCUGCGCAAACUGAAGCAUCUGGACUGCAGAGAAAAAGAGACCCUAGUGAAGAGGGCCAGCAAGCAGUACCAGCACGCUGUGAAGUGGUGCUUGGCACUGGUGGCCCAGUACACAGAGGCACGUGCCCACAGGUCUUUCCGAGGCUCUUUCUUGACCUUCUAUUCCACCGACGCCACCUCUUCCACCAGAAAAGCCAUCAAAGACUGUGAUGGUCCAAUCAGCUUCCCAGAGGUGAAUUAUGCCGACCUGGAGGACUGGGAGGAGGAAGACAGGUGGCUGGGUGGGAUGAGCCGGUGUAAGAAAAUUCUCCCUGACCGCAUGAAGGCUGCGUGGAACCGAGAAAACCAGAAGCUAGUGGAUUUCAUCGUCAAGAGGAAGGGGGCCGACCCACAUCUCCUGGACAUUGUCCAUGGCAGGAAGUACUCUCAGUGGCUGGCGUCCUUUCUGAAGUCAGCCAGGUAUAUGAUCUGCGUUGAAACUUACCUGGAGGACGAGGACCAGCUGGAGGCCGUGGUGAAACAUUUACAGACAGUCUACAAAGAAAUGGGCCAGAGGAUGAAGAGGGCGAUCAGAAAUGACCCGGUGAGCUUUGUUCUGGAGGUUCUCCUCCCGGAAGCUAUCAUCUGUGCCAUCUCUGCACUCUAUGGCUUGGAGUACAACGACGCGGAAACCAAGUACCUGGAGGGACCACCCGUGCACACACGGGAAAAGGAACUGUUCGACAGGAAAAUCCUAAAGCAAGUGAGGAAGAAGGCAGCCAGGGCGAGCAUAGCUAACUAACACCCGCCCAUCCUUCGCCCGUCACUUCAUGGGACACCGCUCCUAUGUUUUCAGUCAGAAGCAUUUUAUCUGCAUGAAAUGCGAUGCAACCUUUCACUGUGGCACGUGGAAUGGGUUCUGGGAUUUGAGGCCUGGAGAAUGGCUGCUUCCCUCCAGGACCCAUCUCUAGCAUUUCCGGUGACUAGAGCCAUCACCAAGAGCUUCACAGCCCAAGUCACAGAGUUUGCCAGCACCUACUCCUUGAAUGUACAGUUGGCCAAAUGUCAUAUCAUUGCUUUUGACUUAUCUCCCACAAACUUAAGAUUCAAUGCCCAUUCUGGGGUUGGACAAAAUAACUCUUGUAGGGGAUCUUGAAGAAAAAACUUUUACAUCUAAGUUAUACAAAUACUGCUGAUAGAUUGCUUUUGGUUUGGAAGACAAAGCUACAUAAUUUGUUGGAUUUCUUCCAGUGAUAAUUACAGCGUUUUAUAAUAGCUGCUAAUUUCUCUGUUAAAGAAGCCCUGGGAGGUGACCCUGAACAACAGAGAUGUUUUCAUUAGAUCACUGUUGUCUUCUAAUUGUUCUUUAAUAAGUAAUGUGAUGUGGUUUUCCCCGCAGGGGCAGCUACAGGAGUGCCGGCUCCCUCAUGAGCCUGCAGGAAUUUUCAUAGGACAAGCAGGUGGCCCCGACUCAAAAGUGGCUUGGCUCUGUGAAAGACAAGCACCUAAACCCCUGCACCAUCUCUCUGACCCAGAGAUAACAUUUUAUGUUGUUGAAUUACUAAAAAAACUUAUGAAAGGAUACAAGAGAUUAUGAUAGACUUUACAUUAUCAUGACAUAGGGUGGUAUUUUAUAUAUCAUUUGAGAGUAAUUCUAUACAAGAGGAUUUACGGUUCUCAUUCCUUUGAUCCCAUAAUUGUAACACUUACAAAAUAACUGUAGUGCUUGUUUAAACCAUGUAAGAGUUCUGCAUCUGUAAAUUUUAUACUGUAUUCACUAUCACAAGACUUGGUCCUAUCCACAUCCAUCCGGUUGGUCUUUAAUCUGCCUAUCCCUUCCCCCUCUGAUAACGUUUAUGAAUUUGCUUUGUUCUUGGCUUAUCUUAUUCCUUGUGCUUGGUCUGUUUCUCACUUGAGAAGGUAAACUGUGUCAGAUCAGGUACCUUUCGGUCAAGCUUGGACAUCUGAAACAUCCUCAUUCAAUGUGUACUGACGGUGGAUGACAUGGGUUAAUUCUGUUCAUAGAACUUGCACUUCCAAAGAUGAGAAAGGGAUGGAAGGGGGGUUUGGGUUGGGGCCUCGUGUAUCCCAGUGAUGUGGGAGAGUGUUAGAGCUAUAUUUUCAAACAGGGUCAACGACACUGAAAACAAGAGAUCUAAACUACAAGCACUGCA